AUGCCUUCUCUUGCAGAGUCUCUCCUCUUCGUCGGCUUCCUGUUGGGCUUCAGCAAUGCAUUUGAUAUGGGAUUAUCCACAAAAUGCGUGUCCAUUCCUACAGAAUUUGGCUUGUGCUAUGACACCACGUACUCGGAGAUGAGGCUCCCCAAUCUCAUGGGGCACACCAGCAUGGAGGGCGAGGUCCUGCCCCGGGCAGCCGAGUGGGAGAGCCUUGUCCAGACUGGAUGUCACGCCGAUGCCAGGACCUUCAUCUGCUCCGUUUUCGCCCCAGUCUGCAUGGAUACGUUUAUCCAGCCCUGCCGCAGCAUGUGUGUCGCCGUGAGAGACAGCUGUGCCCCGGUGCUCGCCUGCCGUGGCCAGUCGUGGCCGGAGAGUUUAGACUGUGAUCGCUUCCCACGGGGUGAGGACAUGUGCCUGGCCCCACUCAGCAAGGACUACAUCUACAUGUACAAAGAAAUACCACAACCAGUUUGCCAAACCUGCCCAGCUAUUGAAGAGUCUGUGUUAACCAAGUCAGUACUGGAUGCAUUCUGUGACAACAGCUUUGCCGUGAAAGUUAAGUUGUCAAAAAGGAUGGCAUCUUCUGGGUUCUAUCAAUAUGAGACAGACGGUCACAUUGAAUUUAUUAACCAAGGACAUCUCCUUCCAUAUGACACCCGUAAUAUGAUUUCACGGUGGAUGCUUAUCAAUGAAAGAUGUUCAGAGGAGAUGGUUCCCAGCACUCGACCCGUGAUUUACGUCAUUGUGGGUGAGAUCCAGUUUGGCAAGGCUGUGGUGAACAGGAUUUUCCACUGGCAGAAGAAGGACUUUCAGCUGACCCAAGCUAUUAGAAAAUGGAGACACCAUAAAUGUUAAAAUAGUAAUCAUACUUCAAUUUGUAAAUAUUCAUGGCACUAUUUCUACCUGAACAAAGUGUAAAUAGCUAUAUAUAUAUAUACAAAUAUAUUAUAAAUGUAAAGACUUUUUAUCGUGGCUUCUUAGAGAUGGAUACAAGUGAAUCUUCUGCCACGCUGUAAAUGUAAAUAUACAAUUGUAGCAAGCAAUUAUGUGUGUGAACUGUGAAAUAAACACCACUAUAAAAUUA